CACCAACCAAACACUUGCGCUCCUUCCAACCACACCCCCGACCCCAUUCAUCUGACGCAGGAGCAUCCCUUGCAUCGCUCCGACACGCCUGAAAAGCCACUGAAGUCACGCCUGCGCUGGUGGGAGAGGCGCUGUUGGCACCACCGCGGACCACGACAGCUCCGCAUCGAUCGAGACACGCGGACGCGGCACCAGGCGGCAGGCCUUGCGCUGUGUAGCCGUGAUAUUCACCUCGCGCGAUGAAGUUCAACGUCUUCCACGUCCUCGGCGAUGUCUCGCACACGUCGUCGAAGCUCAUUCUGAUAUGGGCCAUCCACUCCAACAGCAGCUCCGAGGGUGUGUCGCUCAUCACGCAGGCCCUCUAUGCCCUCGUCUUCUGCACGCGCUACCUCGACAUCUUCACCUCGAGUGCGACCAAGGAUGCUGAGCAUACGUGGAACUUUACUCUCAAGAUCUUCUACACCUUGUCGUCGUUCUACAUCAUUUUCCUGAUGACCAGCGUGUAUGCACGCACCCGCGAGCGCGAGAAGGCCUGGAAGUUUGGCAUGUACUGUCUCCUCGGCGCUCUUGUCAUGGCGCCGUUAUGGUACCUCAUCUUCUCCAAAUAUGUUAUUGGCCGCAGCACCUUCCUGAAGCUCCUCUGGGUCUUCUCCGAGAUCCUUGAAUCCGUCUGCAUCAUCCCACAACUGCUGCUCCUCCGCCAGACCACCGUGCCCACCGUCAUCGACUCGUUCUACCUCGCCACCCUCGGCACCUACCGCUUCCUUUAUAUUCUCAACUGGAUCGUGCGCGGCGCCAACGAAACCGGGUACCGCGACCCGACAAGUUGGGUUUGGGGAACCAUUCAGACCGCCUUGAUGAUUGACUUCGCAUGGGUGUACUACACACGCCAGCGCGUCAAGCUAAGGCAGGGAGGCGUUGUUGAUUCUGAGGACCUGGGCAGAGGGUGGCUGGUGGGCAGGCUAGCGGGAAUGGGCAGGAAGAGCGCAGACAACUUUGACUACGAUGAAGAAUCCGGACAGCAGCCGACGAACGCACAAGCAAACAACAAGUGGGGACGGAGAGGAAUCAGCGUGUCUGCGGACGAGGGCGUACUGGAUGCGCCGAAGCGCAAAGGAGGCGUGGAUCGGGAUUCUGAGAGCCAGCCGCUUGCCGACCCUGCGGCGUUCGAGGAUGACGAGAGCGAUGAUGGCGCGCCUCCUGCGGCAGCGAGCUCGAACGCUGCGGCUGCGCAUGAGAGUGGAGUGAGGAGGGAUGAGUGGGAUGAGGAUGUGGAUGAGGAUGCUAAGGCUCAUGACGGGACUGCAAAAUGAUCAGACUACGAGUCGAGUGAAUGCACUCUUCUCAAUUCUUCGUUGAAGCAUGAUUGCUGCGUUCAUGCGUACAGUCCAAUACCAAUACCAAGCAUUUGCAUACCAAUGUUGAAUGGUCUACACCACCACCUCUAUCUCGGAUCGGGACUUUCAAUGUUUUCCGUGGGAAACCUAGUUGGAAACAGAAGUCGUCGCAGAAGCAGUGACUUUGCGAUUGAUC